UUGUUUGGUUUAUAGGUUAGGACAAUCAGUGUGUUGCAUGUGGUGAGAUGAUAAUGUAGGUUUCCAGCUGAAGAUCAGACUGAUAAACAUUUUUCUUCGUGUUUUAGCAGUGAAACUUAUUUUUUUCAAGUUAAAUUCGCAUUUUAUGAAAACAUUCACGUGAUGAUGAUGAAUCAAGAUGUUAAGAUAAAUCCAGAAAACUAUAAACAAAGCUUCUGAUUCAACUUUAUGAAAGUUGUAAUUGAAUAUUCAAAGAUAUGUUUUGUCAGGUAUUAAUAUACUAACUGGUGUUCAUCUUAUGUAUUUCGUGGAACAAAUAUUGUUGAACAGUGCGUGUAAUGUGAUGUUUAAACCAAGUGUUAAGCGCUGUAAAUGUUUAAAAAAUCGACUAAUGUGUUAAUCAAAGAAUUUCAAAUCGUAAAUUCAACAUUAACACCAAAGGAUUUAUAGAAAAAAACGCUCACGAAUGUUUACUCCGAAGACAAAUGUUCACGAAUCGAAAUACAGGUAAGACAGAAACGUAAAUGUAAUCACCUGUGAAAUUAUACGAACUCCGACAGUGAUAUGUUGAUAGCAGUGAUAUUUUUCGGGAUAUUCGGUGUUAAUGUAAUGUGAAUGUAACCACAGCAAUCCCCGAAUAAACGAAUGAAGAUUUUAAGAGUAAGUUCCCUUCGUGGACCGACGUGUCCAUAGCAAACAUGAACCUUGAACUUCAAAAUGUAGGUCCAAGUGACGUUUUGAAGAACGGAUUUAUCGGUUAGUGACACUAACUCCUGUUGAAACAAUGGAGACCACUUUCAGUGCAGAACAAUUAUCAACCCAACCUCAAGCAACAUCCACAUUAUCAACGCCUCUGUCCACGCAGACACCUCAACAAAGAUCAAGGAACAUUCGACCGUUUUCCAUCGAAUCUUUAAUAGCGACUCGACCGAGUAGUCGUACAAACUGUCAAAACCACGACACGACUCGACUAUCAAACACGGACUUAAGUGCAAUGGAUCUGGUGAGUCACAGGUUAAAUAUGGCGAGUGUCGGAGCGUGUGGGAACAAUAUGGCGGCCGCCGUGGCACUUGGGUAUCCAGGAGGCAUCGGUUUGCCGUUACCACUGUUGUACAAUUCUUGGCUGCCGACUUUACAAGCUGGAUUGUUCCUAGAUCAACAGAGUCAUCACAUAACACAUCCUGGUGCUCACGAAUCGAUACUUCGAGCACCAUCGGGACUCCUGCCUCCGCUUCUGGUACCGCAAGGACCUCCUGGAGGUGUCGGACCUCUUAGCCCAGAUUCUGAGGCCUCGUUGUCACCCAACGUCGCCCAUGAUCUGUCUGGAAGAGGAGUUCCUGGUGGAGAGUGCAGCCGGUCUGAAAGUCCGGAUUGCGAACCUUCCAGUCCCGGAGCCGUCUCUGACGACGCGGGCACUUCCCAUCAUGGCGACGGGUCGCAACAAUCCCCCAACAAUGCCGGCAGCUCGGUCGGUAAUGGCGGCAGCAACAAGACUCGGAGACGCAGAACUGCCUUCACCAGUGAACAACUGCUGGAACUGGAGAGGGAAUUCCACGCCAAGAAAUACCUGAGCCUCACGGAGCGCUCUCAGAUUGCGGCAGCCCUCAAACUGAGCGAAGUUCAGGUUAAAAUAUGGUUUCAGAACCGGAGGGCGAAAUGGAAACGGGUGAAGGCGGGUCUUACUUCCGGUGGCGGUGGAGCACGUGGUCAAGGGGGCCCCUCCAGUGGGCACAGUGCUACCAAGAUCGUGGUCCCCAUUCCCGUCCACGUGAAUCGUUUCGCUGUUAGAAGUCAACACCAGCAGCUCGAGAAAUGUGGACCAGGGUUGGUACAUCUGCACGGACUGAGAACUCUCGGUAGCCAAGCCGGGAGCACUUUUACCAGUGUUGCCAACAACAGCAGUAGCUAAUAAAUUGUGUUUCUAGUUUGACCCCAGCCGCCAGACAGCAUCCGAACACCACGAUGUGUGAAAUGUGCGUGAAACAGUGAAUCAUGUGCAUUUGUAUGUGAAUGAACAAAAGAUUGUUUCACAGACACAUUUAAGGAUUGGACUCAAAAUACGUUAAAAUUAAUGUUUUGUUCUAGACUUCAAAAGCUCCUGCAAAUAAAUGUAAAGUAAUUAAAGAAA